AUGGAGCACGGCUUCUCUUGUCCCCAAGGCGGUCACUUUUACGCUGUUGUACCAUUAAUCCCUGUGACGGAAGCGGAAUAUGCCCGAAAACAAACCUCACCCAAGCAAGCUUCGCUGCGGAUUUAUUCGAAAAUAUACCGUUUUAAAACUGUUCGGAUCAGAAAGGCGUCGAUUAACCCAUAUUUAUUUGGAGCUUGUGCCGCCAGCGACUUUAUCCCUGCACGCCUCAGCGAUAAUAGGACCAGGGCUUCCGUAUUCCUUAGCGCCAUUACAAAUAUUACACUUUUAGCUAUAGCCUUACCCAGUAAUUUACCAGUAGUCUCUGUCGAAUCCAUUCCUGCUUACAGUAUCCAGCCCGCUGUAAUUGCCGCUAUAAUCGUUAGUGCAAUCGCCCUGAUCGAGUUGUCGAACUUCCCCCUAAUAACCACUAUACCGGAAACCAGUGGGCAUAUUCGAACCAACGAAGCCAAUUUGAUUAGCAAUAACGCCCAGCUAGUUGGAAGCUAUACCGACCAGGUGUAAAAAUUCCUUAAGGAUAAGGGCCUGUAAGACUUUUCGUAUGUUCAGGAUCAUUAGUAUUGUUCCCAAACUUAUUUUGGCUGGACGGAUUUCCGAUAGGGGCAGAAUAAUUGUAUCGCGGGUAGGCGCAGGAAUUAUUUUGGGGUUUUCCAAGGCAGAAAGCCAAUUUUGAAAUCCAUAUAUGUUACGAGAGGCGCCAAAGCAGC